CUUUGCUUUUCCAAAAUGUCUGCGCCCAUGUGGCAUGGAAUAAAUGGAAGAAAACAUUUUAGGUGAGACAGAAAUACGAUGUAAUCCUCCAUCAAGAUGACAUGUAAAGAACAACAAGAGGAGGAAUUGGAGGUUCUCCGUUCUAUUUAUGAGGGUGAUGAAAAUUUCAAAAUAGUCAAUCCUACUACUUUUCAAUACAAGUAUGGGGAGGAUGGAUCAUACCGUGCCUUCAACGUGGAGAUUGUCUGGAGUGAGGAAUACCCAGAAAAAGAACCCAAGGUCAACCUGGACACUUUCUACAACAAACACAUAUAUGAGACUGUAAAGGCCAAGAUCAUGGAAGGACUUCAGGAACAGAUCCCUGACUUACUGGACUGUGCCAUGACCUACACAUUGUUUGAGUGGGUCAAGGAGAAUUAUGAUGACCUUGUUGCUGAGCAACCAGAAACACAACCAAUCAAUCAGGUCAGUGACGGCAAGAUUUCUGUUAUGGAGGUGGCCAAGAAAAAGGAGAAAAAAGAACAACUGACCAAGAAUCAGAAGCGUAAAAUGUUUGAUCGACUGGACGCGUCCGGAGAGAGGCCGCGGGGCUGGGACUGGGUGGAUGUUAUACGUCAUUUAUCUCAGACCGGGUCACAGAAUAACUAGUGGG